AUGGCCGCUCAAAGCUCUCAAUUCCAAGAAGAGACUCGAAUUAGUUUAAAGAACACAGGUGCUUCAAUUAAGAAUCUUGAAAUACAGAUGAGUCAGAUAGCCCAACAACUAGCGGGUUCUCAACAACAAGGAGUUUUACCAAGUUCUAUGGUUACUAAUCCAAGAGAAAAUAAUCAUGUGAAUGUGGUGACCACAAGGAAUGGUAAGUCGAAAGAAAUACCUGAGAAGAGUUCUGAAGAAGAAGACUUAUUGCUUGAAGUUGAUCUGGAAAUAAAAGAAAAUGAGGUUGCAAAUGAAGAGGUCACUCAUGAUGAAAGAGUGGUCAAAGAUAAAGUGAUUGAUCCAAAACCGGCCGUCAAACUGCCAUUCCCAACAAGGAAUAAGAAGAAAGGGCAGCAUGAGAAAAACUUUGAGAAGUUCUUGGAGAUGUUUAAAAAGCUUGAGCUAAACAUUCCGUUCUUGGAGGCGCUUGAGCAAAUGCCUACCUACGCAAAGUUCAUGAAAGACAUCAUCUCGAAGAAGCGGACCAUAGAGACUAACUCUAUUAUUCUAACUGAAACUUGUAGCGCCAUUUUGCAGGGUAUGAAGGUUCCCGUGAAAAAGAAGGAUCGAGGUUCUGUGACUAUCCCGUGUACCAUUGGCGAUAGAUCCUUCAAGAAAGCUCUAAUUGAUUUGGGAGCGAGUGUAAGUCUUAUGUCGCUGUCCAUCUAUAAGAGGUUGGGAAUAGAUGAAGAGAUACCAAUGAUUUUGGGAAGACCAUUUCUAGAGACUGGGAGAUGUUUGAUCGACAUAGAAGAAGGCAUGAUGACUUUGAAAGUGUAUGAUGAAGAGUUAAAAAUUGAUGUGCGAAACACCAUGAAAUACAAGGAUGAGGUUGCCACUAGUCAACACAUUGAGACAAUCGAUCAAAUAUGUGAAAAGGAAAAUAGCUUGACAACACAAAAAUUACCCUUGGAAAGGGUGUUGAGCUUAUCAAUAUUUAACGAAAAGGAAGUAGUUGACGAGAAAGAUACGGAAGUGCUAGCUAUGAUGGAAGCAUCACAACCUUUUAAAGGUUAUCGACACAACCGGUGGGAGGAUUUAAGGCAACCAUUAGUGGAAGAAAAGAAAGAUGAACAAAAGAAGGGGACCGAAUUGAAACAACUACCGGACAACCUAAAAUAUGUCUUCCUAGACACAGAGAUUAAGUGCCCGGCCAUCAUAAGUUCACAUCUAGAAGUGCUUCAGGAAAAUAAGCUUGCCAAAGUUUUAAAAAAACAUAAGAGUGCUAUUGGCUGGUCUAUUGAAGAUUUGAAGGGGAUAAACCCUACAAUAUGCAUGCACAAAAUUCUCAUGGAAGAUGAUCACAAGCCGGUUGUCCAACCUCAACGACGACUUAACCCAACAAUGAAGGAAGUAGUCAGAAAAGAGGUGGUUAAACUGUUGGAUGCAGGGAUGAUUUAUCCCAUAUCUGAUAGUUCAUGGGUAAGUCCAGUUCAUGUGGUGCCAAAGAAAGGUGGAACUACUGUGAUAAAAAAUGAGAAGAAUGAGUUGAUACCCACAAGGACAGUCACUGGUUGGCGGGUAUGCAUCGACUAUAGAAGACUGAAUCUUGCCACAAGGAAGGACCAUUUUCCCUUACCAUUCAUUGAUCAGAUGUUGGAAAGGUUAGCCGGUCAUGACUAUUAUUGCUUCCUAGAUGGCUACUCGGGUUACAAUCAGAUAGCUGUUGCACCAGAGGAUCAGGAGAAGAACGCAUUUACAUGCCCCUUUGGUAUUUUUGCCUACAGAAGGAUGCCAUUCGGUUUAUGUAAUGCACCAGCAACUUUUCAGAGAUGCAUGCAAUCAAUCUUUGCAGAUAUGCUUGAGAAGCAUAUGGAAGUCUUCAUGGAUGAUUUCUCAGUUUUUGUGGGGGCAGUUCUUGGGCAGCGUCGAGAAAAAUUGUUACAUGUAAUUUAUUAUGCUAGUCAUGUGCUGAACCCCGCACAGAUGAACUAUGCAACGACUGAAAAGGAGUUGUUAGCUGUAGUGUACGCCUUUGAUAAAUUCAGGCAAUAUCUGCUGGGUUCUAGAGUCAUUGUUUAUACUGACCAUGCUGCUUUGAAGUAUCUUUUUGCUAAACAGGACUCUAAGCCAAGACUUCUUAGGUGGAUCUUACUCCUUCAAGAGUUUGAUGUGGAGAUUCGUGAUAAGAAAGGAUGCGAAAACACUGUUGCCGAUCACCUCUCCCGAAUAUCACCUAUAGAAGAGAUAGAAGACAAUCGUCCAGUAAAGGAUGAGUUCGCCGAUGAACACAUCCUCGCUGUCGAUGGAGUGCCUUGGUUUUACUUGUGGGACGAUCCUUUCUUGUAUAAGAGAGGAGUGGAUGGACUGAUUAGGAGAUGUGUUCCAGAGGAGGAACAAAGGGAUGUGUUGAAAGCAUGCCACGACUCCGACUAUGGAGGACACUUUAGUGGUGACAGAACCGCCGCCAAAGUUCUCCAAUCUGGGUUAUACUGGCCAACUCUAUUCAAAGAUGCUCAACAAAUAAUUAAAUAG